AAGAGUAUGUCGCCCACAAACCUAUGCCCAUCUACUGAAAAUUUGGAAGCUUAGAAAUGUCGCAGAUCCCAAAGUACUUACGCAAAACACUGAUACGGACAAUGCGGUAAUCGGCAAUGAUUACAAAAUCGCAACCUUACUGAUAAGAGCACAAAACAAGCAAAAUUCGGACACAAUUAGUGAGAAUGAAGAAAGUUGCCGUGGUAGGUGCUGGACCUGCGGGUUUAGUUGUCAUAAAAUAUUGCAUUGCUAACGGUUUCGAAUGCGAUGUGUACGAACAGAAAGGUUUCCUCGGAGGCACUUGGUAUACCGACAAGGAUGGUGAAAAUGAAGAAGAGAACAUAAUUUACACUACUCUUUACAAGGGUGUCAAGACAAACAUACCGAAAGAGGUCAUGAUGUAUCCAGAUUAUCCUUAUCCCUUGAAAGAAACGCGAUCGUACUUAAGUGCCGUAGAAGCAUUCAAUUAUUUCAAAGGAUACGCUGAUACUUUUAAUUUGCAUCCAUAUAUUAACUAUCGUAGGUGUGUUUUGAACAUUUCAACGAAUGUUAAUGACACAUGGAGCGUGACAACAAAAAAUUUAACAACAAAAGUUGUGGAAACGGUUGUCUAUGACUACGUUUUCAUAUGCAAUGGGCAUUUGUGGUAUCCAGAUAUGCCACAAUUUCCAGGUCGAUAUACAUUCAAAGGUACUCAAAUACAUAGCUUCAAAUACUACGAACCUAGUGGGUACAAAGACAGAAGAGUGCUUGUAGUGGGUUCGCGUUCUUCUGCCAGAGAUAUAGUGCACUAUAUUUCGUUAGUUGCUAAUCACGUAAGUAUAAAACCUGAGGGCUUAUGUUUCGUGGCGUUUGGAGAGAAGGUUAGUUCGAAGCCAGUAAUUAAAGAAUUGCGCGAACAUCAUUCUGUCGUGUUUGAGGAUGGAACGGAAGAAAUAAUCGAUGAUAUUGUCUAUUGUACAGGAUAUGAUUACAGUUAUCCAUUUUUAAGUAGAGACUGUGGUAUAACCAUUGAAGAUAAACAUGUUAAUCCUCUUUACCUUCACAUGGUAAACAUCAACCAUCCCACAAUGUUUUUCAUAGGUGUUCCAUUUCUAGUUUGUACAUUACCGAUGUUCAACUUACAAGUUCGAUUCUGCAUAGAGGUCAUGAAGCAGAAUUUCAAAUUGCCAUCAAAAGGUCUAAUGCUGGAGGAUUUGGACGAUGAAAUAAAAGAGAAAGAUAAGCUUAACGUUCCAAGAUGGCAAAUACACAGGAUGGGGAAAUUUCAAGAACAAUAUUGGGCAAAAGUGGCGCAAAUCGCAUCAAUUAAACCUUUACCGCCGGUUUUGUGUAGAAUUUAUGAAGAAUCGCGAAAACAAAGGUUAUUGGAUAGAUGUUACAGGAUUAUUGAUGACGAAAAUUUUGAAAUCUACUACCCAUAAGGUAGUAGGUACUCCUAUUAUUUAGUUAAUAUUAAUUUAUUAUUAGGUUAAGUUGGAUAUUGUAAC